AUGUCUCGUAGAGGUAUUGAUUAUGUACCUGAUAGUGACGAAGAAGUAGACAUUGUUCCAUCAAAUGAAGAGCCAUUGUCUCCGUUGUCACCCCCUACACCAAAACUUGGGGAUGAUGACGAAGAGACAUCUAGUACAUGUGACAUUGGCCGUGUUAUUCCUGGACCAGCUGGUUUGGUCCAAGCUACAAUGAGGAACAGGGAAUCUGAAAAUCCCUUGCCAACACAACAGUUUUUGGCUGAUCUUAACGGACCUGCGAUGUUGGUGUUCAACUCUAACCCGUGGCGCUAUGCUAUGCAUUAUGUGAAAUCUAGAGGUCUACCUGAAGUGACAACAUUGAUUAAUAUCGACCACAAUUUACAAAGAGUCCCAACAGUUGUUGCUUUUGUGGAGUCUAUGACCCCAACUGGACAGGGAAAUUAUACUAUUAAUUUAAAGGUAUGGUUAGUGAAUUUGUUAUACAUUAAAAGAAAUUGUUUUGUAAUUAAUUGUAAAUAUUUAUUUCAGGACCCAACUGCAGCGAUUGGUGCAAACUUACAUUACAAAGUUAAGCAACACCGACAAUAUGGGAAAGACAUUGUUGUGGGGUGUGUGUUAAUUCUGAAACAGGUUGUCAUGUUUGCCCCCAGGCGUUUCCGUGGUCCUUACUUGCUUAAUAUAACUAAAAAUAAUGUAAAACGGGUUAUUCCGAAGGAUAUCUGAUUUGAUGAGAAAAAAUAUUUGUAAUUUAGUUUUAGGUUUAUUGUUAAUUCGGAUGGUUGUAAUGUAAAUUUUAUUGUGGAUUGUAAUAUUUAAAUUUGGAUAAUAUUAUUAUUAAAUAUUCGUAAAAUUAUGCACUUUAGUUAUAUGUAUUUGUUUGUUGUUGUUUUUUAAUUUUGUAAUGAUAAAA